AUGCGAUCUCCAUGCGAUUCGUUUCUAGUCUCGAAUCCUCCGUUUCUUCUACCUUCUCUAAUCCCUCGUUACACUUCCAGAAACUCCUUCAGACGAGGAAGAGAACGAUUCUCCUCCUUCAACAAGUCUCUUCGUGUUUCUCUUGCACGACGAAACAUCGAGAUCACUCAAGGAGUGCGAUUCGAUGGACCGAUUACCGGAAAAGACGAUUUGGAAGUGAAUGAGGAUGAUGAUGUAACGGUCCAAGCGUGUGUGACUCGUACAUUGCCUCCAGCUUUGACCCUUGAGGUUGGCCUCGAGAGUCUUAAAGAAGCUGUUGACGAAUUGAAGACUAAUCCUCCAAAGUCAUCUAGUGGCGUCUUGCGAUUUCAAGUGGCUGUGCCUCCAAGGGCCAAAGCUUUGUUCUGGUUUUGCUCUCAGCCUGUGUCUUCUUCAGGUGUGUUUCCUGUGUUUUUCCUCUCCAAGGAAGAAACUGUGAAGCCUUCUUGUAAGUCACUCUAUGUGAAGGAGCCUCAUGGGGUUUUUGGAAUUGGGAACGCACUCUCCUUCGCUCGUCCGUCUUCAAUUGAUUCAAAUGGACAUAGCACCAUAAAAACAUUCCUCUCAGAUGAAUCAGCUAUGGUGACGGCCUAUGGUUUUCCAGAUAUUGAUUUUGAUGAAAAAUCUUCUGUCAGUUUCAAGGAAGGCUCUUCUUACUUUUUCGUUCCUCAGAUUGAGUUAGAUGAGCACGAGGAGGUCUCUAUACUAGCAGUUACACUGGCAUGGAAUGAUUCUCUCUCUUACCAUUUUGAGCAAACGAUUAGUUCCUUUGAGAAAUCGAUUUGUCAGGUUUCUUGUCAUUUCUGCCCAAAUUUAGAGGAGCAUUGGUUCAAACAUUUGAAAAGUUCUCUAGCAAAGUUUAGUGUAAAAGAGAUACAUCCAAUUGAGAUGGAGCAUAUGGGGUUUUUCACAUUUUCUGGGAGAGAUCAGGGUGACGCCAAGGAACUGAAUAUUAUACAAUCAUCAAGUCAGUUUCAUUGCAAGCUUGCACCUGACCUUGUUUUCUCAAAUAACAUGCUGAGUCAGGAGGCUGAAGGGAGCAAAUUAUUAAAAGAUGAGGCUAACAUCAAUGCUGUUUGGGCAUCAGCUAUAAUCGAAGAAUGCACUCGUCUUGGUUUGACGUACUUUUGUGUAGCUCCUGGAUCAAGGUCUUCCCAUCUUGCUAUUGCCGCUGCCAACCAUCCCCUUACUACGUGUCUUGCAUGCUAUGACGAACGAUCUCUCGCGUUUCACGCCAUCGGGUAUGCGAAAGGAUCCCUCAAACCAGCUGUCAUUAUAACAUCAUCAGGAACUGCCGUCUCAAAUCUUCUUCCAGCGGUGGUUGAAGCAAGUGAGGAUUUUUUACCGCUGCUACUACUUACUGCAGAUCGUCCUCCUGAACUUCAGGGAGUUGGCGCAAAUCAAGCAAUAAAUCAAAUAAACCACUUCGGUUCGUUUGUGAGAUUCUUCUUCAAUCUUCCUCCUCCAACCGAUCUUAUCCCAGUCCGGAUGGUCCUUACCACUGUAGACUCUGCUAUACAUUGGGCAACAAGUUCUGCUUGUGGACCAGUACAUCUCAACUGUGCUUUUAGAGAACCACUUGACGAUAGUCCAACAAAUUGGUCACUCAGCUGCCUAAACGGAUUAGACAAGUGGAUGUCUAAUGCUGAACCAUUCACAAAGUAUUUUCAAGUGCAAAGCAAUAAAAGCAAUGGUGUAACAAGUGGCCAAAUCACUGAGGUUUUACAAGUAAUCAAAGAGGCUAAGAAGGGUGUUCUUCUUAUUGGUGCAAUCCACACAGAGGAUGAAAUUUGGGCUUCGCUUCUGUUGGCUAAAGCGCUGAUGUGGCCUGUAGUUGCAGAUGUCUUGUCUGAUUCUGUUAGGAGUUUGAUAGAGUUUGAUGUUGUUAUCCAGGUUGGAAGUCGGAUAACAAGUAAAAGAGUUUCUCAGGUGCUAGAGAAAUGCUUUCCAUUUGCAUACAUUUUGGUUGAUAAGCAUCCAUGCCGACAUGACCCGUCACACCUGGUCACUCACAGGGUCCAAAGCAACAUUGUUCAGUUUGCUGGUUGUGUGCUUAAAUCUCGAUUUCCAUGGAGGAGAAGCAAGUUGCAUGGUCAUCUACAGGCAUUGGAUGGCGCUAUUGCCCGGGAGAUGUCAUUUCAAAUAUCUGCUGAAUCCUCCCUUACCGAACCAUAUGUUGCACAUAUGCUUUCCAAAGCGCUAACUUCUAUGCAUGCUCUUUUCAUCGGGAAUAGUAUGCCAAUAAGGGAUGUGGAUAUGUAUGGACGUAGCUCGGGAAACUAUUCCCAUGUGGUAGAUAUGAUGUUAAAUGCAGAGCUACCAUGUCAGUGGAUACAAGUAACUGGAAACAGAGGAGCUAGUGGCAUUGAUGGUUUGCUCAGCUCAGCCACUGGCUUUGCUGUAGGAUGCAAGAAGAGAGUGGUCUGUGUGGUGGGUGAUAUCUCUUUCCUUCAUGAUACAAAUGGAUUGGCGAUUUUUAAGCAGAGGAUUGCGAGGAAACCAAUGACAAUUCUUGUGAUAAACAACCGUGGAGGUGGAAUCUUCCGACUUCUUCCUAUAGCAAAGAGAACAGAGCCUAGCGUGUUAAACCAAUAUUUCUAUACAUCACAUGACAUUUCCAUUGAAAACUUGUGUUUGGCACAUGGUGUGAGGUAUGUACACGUUGGGACGAAAAGUGAACUUGAGGAAGCUCUGUUUGUACCCAGCAUGGUAGAGAUGGAUUGUAUUGUGGAGGUUGAAAGCUCUAUCGAUGCUAACGCAAUCGUUCAUAGUACUUUGCAGAGUUUUGCACGUCAAGCUGCAAAUAAUUUCUUGAGCAUUAUCUCGGCCAGUUCUCUUCAUCCGAUGAUCGACAAUGUACCUCUUUGCCAAGUCUCUGGAAUACAAUAUUCGCGGUACAGAGUCCAACUGUGUGACAAACCUACCAUAUAUUAUGGUGAAUCCUCUCAAUUCCAUCGGGAAGGGUUCAUACUCUCCCUGACAAUGGACGAUGGAAGCAUUGGCUACGGAGAGGUUGCACCUUUGGAUGGCAAUAGAGAGAACUUAAUGGAUGUGGAGGGGCAGCUACAAUUAGUUCUUCACCUCAUGAAAGGAGCUAAAUUUAGUUACAUGCUUCCUUUGUUAAAUGGCUCGAUUUCUUCCUGGAUUUGGAGUGAACUUGGAAUCACUGCAUCAUCGAUUUUCCCGAGUGUCAGAUGUGGUCUGGAAAUGGCUCUUCUGAGUGCAAUGGCAGUAAGACAUGAUUCUAGUUUGUUUGGGAUACUUCGUAGUCAGAAAGAAGAAAAUGGUUCUGCUCAGCCACACUCUGUUCAAAUAUGUGCCCUUCUUGAUUCUGAAGGUACUCCAUCAGAGGUCGCAUACGUUGCUAGAAAACUUGUUGAAGAAGGGUUCAGUGCUAUUAAACUUAAAGUUGCUCGUAGAGUGAGCUCUGUUCAAGAUGCUUUAGUUCUGCAAGAAGUUAGGAGAGUCGUUGGCAAUCAGAUUGAACUCCGUGCAGAUGCAAAUCGUCGCUGGACUUUUGAAGAGGCUGUAAAGUUUGGUUUAUUGGUGAAAAACUGCAAUCUACAAUAUAUUGAGGAACCUGUCCAGAAUAAAGAUGAUCUUAUAAGGUUUCAUGAAGAAACUGGAUUACCAGUGGCACUUGAUGAGACUCUUGAUGAUUUUGAGGAAUGUCCUCUGCGCAUGCUUUCCAAAUAUACCCAUCCUGGUGUAGUUGCUGUUGUUCUUAAACCAAGUGUUGUGGGAGGGUUUGAGAAUGCAGCAAAGAUUGCACGGUGGGCUCAGCAGCAUGGAAAGAUGGCAGUUAUAAGUGCCGCAUACGAAAGUGGCAUAGGUUUAUCAGCAUAUAUUUUGUUUGCUUCAUAUUUGGAGAUGGAAAACAUCAAAAUAUCCAGAGAGAAAAACCAAGGCAUGACCCCUCUUGUAGCACAUGGUCUUGGAACCUACAAGUGGUUUAAUGAAGACGUGAUGAUAAAUAGUCUAGGGAUAUAUCGUAGUCCGUACAGUGGAUUUGUCGAAGGCUUUGUUUCUGAUGCUAGCAAAAAUCUAAAGGAGGUUAAGAUAAACAACGAUGUUAUCGUUAAAACCAGUCAAGGAGUUCCUGUCCGGAGAUACGAAGUGAGAGUUGAUGUAGAUGGUUUCUCUCAUUUCAUAAGAAUCCACGACGUUGGGGAGAAUGCAGAAGAAAGUGUUGUUCUGUUUCUCCAUGGAUUUCUUGGAACUGGUGAAGAAUGGAUCCCCAUCAUGAAAGGUGUCUCGGGAUACGCGAGAUGCAUUUCAGUUGAUAUACCUGGUCAUGGAAGCUCAAGGGCACAUAGUCAUGCUAGUGAGACUCAGAAGGUGCCAACUUUCUCAAUGGAGAUGAUAGCGAAGACUCUGUAUAAGUUGAUUGAGCAGAUUACUCCUGGGAAAGUUACCAUAGUUGGAUACUCCAUGGGAGCAAGAAUAGCACUGUACAUGGCUUUGACGUUUAGUAACAAGAUCGAAGGAGCUGUCGUGGUAUCGGGUAGCCCCGGGCUCAAGGAUCCGGUGGCAAGGAAAGUUCGAAGUGCAACAGAUGAUUCCAAAGCAAGAAUGAUGAUUGAGCAUGGACUAGAAAUCUUUCUAGAGAACUGGUACAAUGGAGGCUUGUGGAAAAGCUUGAGAAGGCAUCCACAUUUCAGAAAAAUAGUUGCAAGCCGGUUGCUACAUGACGAUGUCCUUAGUGUUGCAAAGCUCCUGUCUGAUCUAAGCAGUGGAAGACAACCGUCAUUGUGGGAAGAGUUGGAGGAUUGUGAUACAAAUAUCUCGCUUGUCUUUGGAGAGAAAGAUGUCAAAUUCAAGCAAAUCGCCAUAAGAAUGUACCGCGAGAUGAGUAAAAGCAAGAAGAGCGAACACAAUAUCAUCGAGAUGGUUGAGAUACCGGAGGCUGGUCAUGCUGUUCAUCUUGAGAGCCCUCUUCGCCUGAUCCUCUCUCUUAGAAAAUUCUUAACAAGAGUGCGCAAAUGCUCUUCAGAGACAGAGCAGCUUUCUCAGAAGCUACUGUUAGCAGUGAAAGAAACAUAA